AUGUUCGUCCGCAAGAGUAAAUUCAAACAUAUAAUCGGCAAGCCUAACAAGAAGGAGUUCUGCUAUGACGAAAUUCGAAUCACGAAAAGUAGUUGGGAUUCUACAUUCUGUUCUGUAAACCCGAAGUACCUAGCAAUUAUUACGGAGGCCGCAGGAGGUGGCGCCUUUCUCGUUUUGCCGAUCGAAAAGUACGGACGCGUAGGACGUGAUGCUCCAUUGGUAGCAGGUCAUCGGGCCGCAGUCCUUGACAUUGAGUGGUGCCCGCACAACGAUGACCUGAUCGCUUCAGGCUCCGAGGAUUGCACCGCAAAAGUCUGGCAGAUUCCUGAAGGUGGUCUCCAACCAGAAAAAAAUCUCACCACGCCUGUCGCCGACCUCGUGGCCCAUCAACGGAGAGUUGGCCUUGUCAAGUGGCAUCCCACGGCCGAAUAUGUCCUCCUCACUGCUGGGGCAGAUAAUAUGAUUUUUAUCUGGAAUGUCUCAACUGAGGAGAAAUUGAUUACUAUCAGCUUCCCCGACAUGGUACUUUCAGCCAGCUUCAAUUGGAAUGGUUCGCGUUUAGUUACAACAUGCAAGGACCGUCACACACGAAUCAUCGACCCCCGAAAAGGCACUAUUCUUAAAGCAAAGUACCCCCGAAACCCAAAAUAUCAGCCUAAUUUACUCAAUCGAAUGUUUGGAGGGCGAAUUUGCACACUUGAUAUCAGCUUUGAAAAUAUAUGUCACCAGGGAACCAAACCACAGCAGGCUAUUUAUCUCAAAGAUGGUCGCAUCUUUACCACCGGAUUUUCGCCAAUGAGCGAACGUCAGCUUGCCCUAUGGGCCAAGGAUGAUGUGACAACAAAACUGGUUGAACAGGAUCUCGACAUCAGCAACGGCAUCAUGUUCCCCUUCUAUGACCCCGACAGUAACCUUAUCUUUCUUUGUGGCAAGGGUGACUCUUCGAUGCGCUACUUCGAAGUGACGGACGACGAUCCUUAUGUCUACUUUAUUGACACCAUGACCACCUCGGACCCACAACGUGGCAUGGGCUGGAUGCCUAAGCGGGGUCUCAACGUAAACCAAAAUGAGAUUGCGCGUUUCUACAAACUCCAUACGCGCGGUUUCUGUGAGGUGAUCCCAUUCACGGUGCCGCGAAAGUCCGUCCUCUACCAGGACGACCUCUACCCGGACACCGCCAGUGAUACGCCAGCACUGUCUGCAGACGAGUGGAUGUCAGGCAAGGAUGCUGAUCCCGUCUUGAAAGCCUGUGCGGCUCGUGCGUGCCCUACCGAACCAAGCGGCCAGCACCCGUGUUCAAUUGUGGCCGCCUCUGUUGGCGCGCGCCGCACUCGCCCCGGGCUCGCCUGCCCACCGCACUGGUUGAUGUGUGCGCGGGUGUCACGUGCGCACGCUCACGUGCACACGCGCACAUGCGCGUCCCCCAUGUCGCUGAGGGAUGGUUUCGUGAGCGGAGACUCGAAAUCCAAGAAAAAUGGAAAGAUGCCACCAAAUCGACUGAAGUUGGCUGAGUCGAAGCUGAGUAGCGGGCAUCAUCAGAACCAACAACAAACAUCCUCGUCAAUUUCUGAUUCUGCUCGCCACUCCACCGCUGGAUCAAACGCCGUCACUCCAAGUGGGGAAGUAGCCAAGUCGGCGGACCUUAGCGGAAUUAACCCCGAGGACGUGCUUCAGCUGUUAGAUGACAUGCGAAAAAUGAAGAUUAUUAUCAAGGGCCACGAGAGGCGAAUAAAACAACUGGAAGAACGCCUAAAAGGGGUGGAGUAA